AAUUUCGUAAAUAAAAAUACUAAGCGGAGACUCCGAGUCUGGGGCCGACCGAAACGGGCCCGGAUCCUCUCCGCGGCGCCUGAAAGUCGCCUGCGCGCACGGCGGUCCACGCCGCCGGUGAACGGAGAAGCGCGCGAGAACCUUGGAAUCUUGGUUCCAGAAGGGAGGACAAGGACGCGAGUAGAGGCGGCCGAAAUGGGGUCGGCGUUGCUGACGACGCUGCGGCGGAAGCAGGAGGUGGACGCCGCCAUCCGCGACACCCUCGACAAGGUCCUCGUCCUCCGCUUCGGCCGCGACGGCGACGCCGCCUGCCUCCACCUCGACGACAUCGAGUCUCUGGCGCGUGUCGUUAUGUUAUCUUCAUCACUAAUGGCGGACUCUCUAGGUGUAAAAUGGACCAGUCUAUUACUUCGAAGAAUACCAUGGGGGACUAAUAACUUGUUGGCUAAAUCUUCUUGGGACAUAUCCAAGUUUGCUACGGUAGCCUUAGUUGACAUGGAUUCUGAGGAGAUUCAAGUUUACAUCGACUACUUCGAUAUUACUUUGGUUCCAGCAACCAUUUUUUUUUUCAAUGCCCAUCACAUGAAGAUGGAUUCAGGGACACCUGAUCAUACAAAAUGGAUAGGCUCUUUCAGCAGCAAGCAAGACUUCAUUGAUGUUGUUGAGGCAAUAUUUAGGGGUGCGAUGAAAGGUAAACUGAUCAUGUCUUGCCCGCUUCCACUGGAGAGGGUACCCAGAUUCCAGCUUCUUUUCAAGGAUGUCUGAGGAAAAGAAGCUCUCAUCAAAUGCUUAUAUGCUUAAAUACUAGACUGUUAGGCCAUGGUACAGAAAUAAGGCUUUACUUAGUAUACAACUUUACACACCAGGCACGCUAGCUAAUGCGUUGUUUUUCUUUCUUCUGCAUAAUGGAUGAUACGGAAUAUGGAGUUAAUAACAGCAUAAGGAUAUUAAGCUGUCCCGUAGACCAAUAAAGCCAGUGAAGAAUAAUCAAGAGUCGGCUCAAAUUGGUUUGCAUCGAUCCAUGGCUAGCACAUGCAGAUACGCUCUCUGGAGUCUGGAUACACCAUAUGAGGUCACCUUUGCAUUCUGUAAUAUGUGCUCUGUGUUAUUUGCAGUCUGAAGUCUGUACAACUCUGUUACGGUGUUAUUAGUUGUUUUGGGAUUGUGACGGUGUAUAUUUAUGCAAUUUACAUGUUCCUUGCCUUCUCU